UCGGUUCACAAAAACCCUUGCCGACCUCCUCACUUGAAAUCGACUCUUUGGCAGAGUCUUGGUUCAGCUUCUCAUCGCUACCAAAGUCAACCCAGUGGAAGUUGAAAUGCCGCAGAACGCGCUCCAAAUCGCGACCCCGGCACCCGUGACAGUGAUGAGUCCAGCCGCGGACGCCGUCUUCUCCACUGUAGAGCUUCUGGAGGAGAUCCUGGGCCACCUAUCUCCGCGCGAGCUCUGCCGGCACAACAUAGUCAGUCGUCACUGGCGUGAUGUGAUCAGCUUGUCGCCGCGGCUGCAGCGCAAUGCCUUCCUGGCUUCGAAGUUCCCCGCCAUGACUCCCUUAUCUGAGAAUGGCCUUCGGGGGCGCAAAUUAGACUACUGCGAGUUUUCCAACGAAGAUCAGGGAACUGUGGCGGUGAAUCCGCUCGUGCACGACAUCUUCGACACAGAGGUAGUGGCUGGCCAGGGCCUACAUCGAACAUUUGUUUUCUUCAACAAAAAAACUGGAGACGUCAUUCUCGACAUUGGACACGCCGUCGAUCGCUCUUCCCAGCUCAUCGCAAAUAUCGAGCGUGUUUUGGGCGUCAACGUGGAGAUUCCCGGGUGGAGACUGAACGAGCGCAUGCAAGACACCUCCUGGCAGCGGAUGCUGGUCGUGGAUCCACCAGCGACGAAGGUGUUGAUGGUUCUGGGGCACCGAGAACUAUACUUUUUUCCACAAAUUCGAUACUGGGCCAGCCCCGGGCUGCAGAUGGGCGAGUUGAUAGAUCAAGUUGUGGCACAGCUUCUGGUAGACAAGGACGAGAUGGAUAGGGAGUGCGGAAACGGCUUGUUGAUCUCGGAUACAACUCGACAUAGGCAGAUGUGGAGCAACGCUAGGGAGAUCAAGGAUAGCAAGAUUGGACUUCUUGCCUGAGCUGAUGGAGGCUAGGCUUUGUUGAGGCAGAUGCAAAGCUAGGCUGGAGGAACGGGAUUUCAUAGCUUGCAUUCUAAAUUGGACAUCAGUAGCCCCUCUGUGGGAAGUUGUAUGCUGGUCUCAGGCGCUGUUGCCU